GAAGCCUGUUUCCGACUCACCUUGUGAACGCUACAUUGGUGUCAGAAGUGACUUUUCGAACGGAGGACGUCUAUCCUGACGGGAGUCAGUAACUGCGUCACGGAGCUAGCCGGGAAGCUAGCGGAGAUGGAAAAGUUCAGCAAGAUGGGAGUGAUGCAGGAAAGUAGUGAUGAAGAGGAAGAUGGAGCAUGCGGGUGGUCGAAGGACAUGAGUAGAGAGUUCAUGAGUGCACGGGAGGCGAGAGAGCGCCUGAGAGAGUCGGCGGUGAAGAUGGCUAGAGACGCGGGAAUGUCUCCGUCUUCAGCGGCAUUUCGCGCCAUUUCCAAGCUGGAUGUAAACAACAAUGGCGGCGCCCAUCAACCAGCAGCAGCAGCCGCCGCCGGGUCCGUGAAAACACCCAAAUACUCGGGUAAGGCAGACGGGGAGGCUUUCCAUGCCCAAUUUGAACUACUUGCACAUGCCGGGGGUUGGUCGAUAGAGACUAAAGCACUACAGCUAGCUUUGUGCCUCACAGACGAGGCUCUUUCAUGUCUGCUACUACUUAGCCUUGAGGACCGACACAGCUAUGAAGCGUUAGCGGGGGCUUUGAAGAGGCGGUUUGGACAGUGUUUCCCGCCAGAGCUGCUCCGGAACGAAUUGAGUAACCGCUGUAGGAAGUCUGGAGAGACGCUGCGUGCGUUGGCUAACGACGUGGAGAGCCUGACGCGGCGGGUAUAUGCACACAUGCCACCCGGAGUGCAGAGUGAGCUGGUACGUGAUCAAUUCAUCAGGGCCCUCCUCCCUGCGGACUUGAGGGUUGGGGUACAGCUGCAGCAUCUACAGUCCUUGCAGGCGGCCUUGGAGAUGGCUGUGGAGAGAGAGAUUGUGUGGAGUGUAGCGGCGAGGAGCAACGGAGGGCCGGUACCACCGGCUGUGAGGAGCUGCAGAGUGGAGGAGAAGCCUGUAUGGGUUACCGAAAUGACUGAAAGUGUUCAAGUUUCAUUAGAGGAGAAAAUGAGGGAGAUGGAAGCAGCUGUCAAUGCAGAGAGGGAACUGCGGCAGCAACAGGAGGCUAGACUCAAAGCGGAGCUGGCCUCUCUUGAGCGAGAUCUCCAGGAGAGUAAAGAGAAGGAGAGCCUUGUGGCCUCUCUGGAGAAGUGCCUCCAAGAGGGCAAAGAGAGAGAAAGGAGCCUGGUGGAGGAGGGUGCCAAGAGGGAGGCACAGUACAAAGAGCUGCUCAGGAGCCUGGAAGCCGAGAAGGACAACCUGGAGUGGCGUCUGACGAACCAGCUGUCCCAGCUCAAUGGCAGCAUCGCAGACUACCAGCAGGAGGCGGCGGACAACCGGGAGCACUUGGCCGAGCUGCAGCGGGAGGAGGAGCGGUUGGCGAGGGAGCGGGCCGAGUUGGAGGCUGAGGCGCAGAGCGAGAGCGACCGGGCCGCCAGGCUGGAGGAGGACAUGAGGCAAGCACAGAGAGAGAGAGCAGAAGCAGAGUCUGGUAAGCAGGAGGAGCUGCUGAGGGAGAAGCAGCUGGUGGUCCGGCAGCUGCAGCGGCAGACUUUGAAAACUCAAGAAGACCUGAAAAGGACAGAAGCAGAGUUGGAUACCUGUAAAUCUCAGCUGGAUGAGGCCAAGAAGCAGGCAAGCGUAGCUAUAGCGGAGAGGAGUACCAUGGAGCAGAACGCCCAACACAGAGAGGCCUCGAUGAAGGCAGAGGCGGAGCAGACCCUGGACUCUGUGAGGUUCAGACUCGGAGGCGAACUGAAGGAGAUGGAGCUGAGACUGGACAAGGUGGACAGAAGCGGAACUAUGACACUAGGACAAGAGGGCAGCAUUUCUGGGCCGGGGAGCUGGUCUGGGUCUACAGCCCACAACGGAAGAAAGGCCGGUGCCCAAAACUGGACAGCCAGUGGGUUGGUCCCUGCAGAGCACUGGAGAGGGUGGGGGUAGUGUUUGUGCUGAGUUUUAUUUGUUCCUCGUGGGCGAGGAACUUUGUAGUGGGGGGGUAGUGUAGCGACCCUGUAUAGGAUGCUAAGGGUAGAAAAAAAGGUGCAGCGGUU